AUGAGGCUGCGCAUGGAGCCGGCGGCGGCGGCCAUACCGGGCAACGUCUCCCGCGGCGGCGGAGGCAAUGAGAGCGGCGGCGCGGCGGCGACAGCCGGAGCCACGGCGGGGUGGUCUGCGGCCGCGCUGGCCUCGCAGGCUCUGGCGCUGCUGCUCAUCUUCGCCCUCUCGUCUCUGGGCAACGGGGCUGUGGUGCUGGUGAUCGCCCGGCACCGUCAGCUUCGCACGGUCACCAAUGCCUUCGUGCUGUCGCUGUCGCUCUCGGAGCUGCUGGGCGCGCUGCUCUGCCUGCCGCUGGCCUUCCUCAGUCUGCUCAGCCGCCCUCCCGGCGCCUGGCUUUUCGGCCAGCGCCUCUGCCUGGCCAGCGCCGCCCUCCACGCCGGGCUGGGCAUCGCCGCCACCCUCACCAUGGCCCUGCUCUCCUUCGACCGCUACUGCGCCAUCGUCCGCCAGCCCCGACACAAGAUGGGCCGCCGUCGUGCUGCCCAGCUCCUGGCCGCUGUCUGGCUAGUUGCCCUGGCCCUGGCCGGACCCUGGUACGGGCUGGCAGGUGAUGGGCAGCGGGAGGCCCGGCCCGGCGCCUACCGCUGCGUCUACGUGCUGCCCUGGGGCUCCUCCCGGCUGGGGCCGCCCUACGGGGCAGCCCUCAUCAUCCUCUGCUACCUCCUGCCCUUCGCCCUCAUGUGCUUCUGUCACUACAACAUCUGCCGGGCAGUGCGGCUGGCUGAGAGCCGCGUGCGGCCCCUCACGACCUACGGGAACCUGCUGCGGGCCUACGGGGAGAUGCGCACAGCCACCACCGUCCUCAUCAUGAUCGUCUCCAUCAUCUGCUGCUGGGGUCCUUAUUGCAUCCUGGGGCUGGCUGCGGCCGCUGGCCACCUGCCCUUCUCACCCACCAUGGACGCCGUAGCCAGUGGGAUGGCCUGGGCCAAUGGAGCCAUCAACCCUCUCAUCUAUGCCGCCCGCAACCCCAACAUCUCUGUGCUGCUGCGGCGCAGCCGUGAGGGUGGCUACAGGACUAGGAACAAUGUGGCAGCCUACCUCUCGGUCCCAAGUCGCCUGCCAUUGUCCAGGAGUCAGGGUGACCGUGUCCGGGAGCGCUACAUCAACCAUCACAGUGGCCCCCCAGGCAGUGCCCCAUCCUCUUCCAGCCCAGCGAGUGGGGGAGAGGUGGCCAUGUGGGCCUGCAAGAACCCUGCUGUACUCUUCUGUCGGGAUGGGCAACCAGACACCGCCUCCGAGGCCGCCUUGCAGGCCAAAACAGACACUGUCGAUACCAGCCUCUGAACAGACAGGGAUCCAGGAUGGCCCAGGAUGGGAUUUGGGCCAUUUGGCUCCAGGGCCAUCUCUUUGUGGAAAUGAAGGGAGCCCUGACACUUGGAGCCCUUUGCAGCCAUUCUACCAGGAAAUUGGAGAGAUGGGAUUAUAUGAGACAUGGUGUAGUUUCUUCUCCAUUAUGUGAACUCUGGUUUGGUGACCCAGUCUGCAAGCAGUGAGAGUUCCACAGGGAAAGGAGGUUCCCCUUCAGCAGGCCUGAUGCGGUGGUGAUAGCCACCAAGCCCAGCCAACUUACAAGAGCUUGUCUGCCAGAAUGAAUCAGUGCUUGCUCCAGGCCUCCAGAAAGUGCCACAACAGAGCUAGGAGACAGAAACACAAAUACAGUCCAAACUGACUGAUUGUGUGAGCAGUUUGUUAGGUGCCACAAAAACAAUUGAAAGCUGAGCACUGGCAGCUGGAAGAGACUGAAAACAACUCACUGUGAAAACUGCAACUUGGCGGUUUUGUUGCUUUAAUCCAUUAUGUGUGGAAGUGUUGAUAAUCAGAAAGGACAGGCUAAAAAAAAUCAUCAAUUAUGAUUAUUUUUUUUCAAACUCCCAAGCACAACAAGCCAACAAUUGUUGUGAAAGUGAAGAUGUAUGAUACCAAGGGGGAAGGAAAAGAAGAUGAGACCUCAGUUACAAAAUUUCAGCAGCCUUUCUUUUCUUUUGUGUCUGUGUCUUUUAUGCAGGUACAGUCAGCUUAAAAUGGUAUGAAUGUGAGGAAUGAGUUCUUCAGAUAGAUGGAGAAAAAGGGUGUGGGUGUAGAUUAUGGUAUCAACUGAGACUGUGCACAAGGUGUGUGUCUUCUUUCUGAGCUCAUCCAAAGUGUCUCACAGCUCUUAAGAGUUUAAUGGUGCAUAGAGGAGCUAUGUGAGAGAGGUGAGUAUCUGAAAGGAGAGGUAAAGCAACACCACGGUCUCUUUAUGAGCUCUUAAGCAUGUGAAAGUGUGUAUAUGAAGAGAAGAGGUACUGUUCUGUUGAUAGCAGCAAUCUAUCUGGAGUGUAAUAUGUAAAAAACAGCUGUUUGCCAUUAUAUAAAGGAAAAUAACACAAUGGAAGUGCAGUUGCACGGCUUGAA